AUGCCACAAUUAAACAAAUUUUUAUUUAACAUUUGUUCAUUUAUUCAUCUUAACAAUCAAAUUAUUUUACCAUCAAAUGAAGAUAUUCAAUAUUCAUUUAAAGAUUUUAAUUAUAAUCAAAUUAUUUCAUGUGUUAAUUAUUUUUCAGAGGCGCAAUUCGGUGAAUGUCAUAUCUAUUCAUAUCCAUAUACACUGAGACAUUAUUAUUAUAUAAGAAAUAAUUUUUCAGGUGGAUUAUUUAAAUGUGUUCGUCAAGUAUCAUUAUAUGAUGAACAUCCUUUUGAACAUGACUUUUUUCUUCGAAUUCAAAAAUCAUUCCCAUUUAUCGAAAAAUUAACUUUAUAUAAUAAGAAACCACAAAACAAUAAACAAUAUAGAAAAUCAAAGGAGGACAUCGAACAUCUAUCGAUCGUUGAAUAUCCUUAUCUUACCAACCUUAUUUUACAUGAUGCUCAUUAUAAUUAUAUUGAAGAAUUUCUACUUGAUACCAAAACAUGUUUGACAAAUGGUGUUUAUCUCUGUGUUAAUUAUAAAUCUUUAAAAAAAGUGACACGCAAUUUUAAAAGAGAUGCAACACAAAUUAAUUCUAAUAAAGUCAAUCGUUUACAUAUUACUGCUGAUUUCAAAAUAACUGAACGUUUGAAAGAUUAUUUUUCUCAUGCAGAAAUAUCUAAUUAUUAUGGAUUCAUUUGA